UGCAUGACGUCAUUUCUCCAUGUACCGUGCGCCAUUUUGGAAGAAAAAAAAAUCUCGGAUAAUUUCCGUGGUCUUGACAGAUCUGGACCCGAGUCUUCACACUGAUUGUGGAUGCUACCAAUUUCCCCGAGCAAGCCGCAUUGGUUGAUUAAGUAUUGGACGCCGUGUACAGCAAGAGCUGCUACAUGAAGCAAUGGCGGGAGUUGCAGGUGGAAAUGAUUUUCAGUGGUGUUUCUCUCAAGUGAAAGGAGCGAUAGAUGAAGAUGUUGCGGAAGCUGACAUAAUCUCAACGGUUGAGUUCAACUAUUCUGGAGAAUUGCUCGCAACCGGUGAUAAAGGAGGCCGAGUAGUGAUAUUUCAACAUGAGCAGGAGUCUAAGAAUCGCCCACAUCUGCGCGGGGAGUACAACGUCUAUAGCACAUUUCAGAGUCACGAGCCAGAAUUUGACUAUUUGAAAAGUUUAGAAAUUGAGGAGAAAAUUAAUAAAAUAAGAUGGCUACCCCAACAAAAUGCUGCUCACUUUCUACUUUCGACAAAUGAUAAAACUAUCAAAUUGUGGAAAAUAAGUGAAAGAGAUAAAAGAGCAGAAGGUUACAACCUGAAAGAUGAAGAUGGACGACUGCGAGACCCCUUUAGAAUCACCUCUUUACGGGUACCAGUACUGAUGCCAAUGGAUCUCAUGGUAGAAGCAAGCCCACGGAGGAUCUUUGCAAAUGCGCACACCUAUCACAUUAAUUCCAUUUCUGUAAAUAGUGAUCAUGAAACGUACCUCUCUGCAGAUGACCUAAGAAUAAAUCUAUGGCACUUGGAAAUCACAGACAGAAGUUUUAAUAUUGUAGACAUCAAGCCCGCCAACAUGGAGGAACUGACGGAAGUAAUCACAGCUGCUGAGUGCCAUCCACUCCAAUGCAAUGUAUUUGUGUACAGCAGUAGCAAAGGCACCAUCCGCCUGUGUGACACACGCGCAGCGGCCCUCUGUGAUCGGCAAGCAAAGUUCUUUGAAGAACCAGAGGACCCAAGCAGCCGAUCUUUUUUCUCUGAGAUCAUCUCAUCCAUCUCGGACGUGAAGUUCAGUCACAGCGGACGCUAUAUGAUGACACGUGACUACCUCUCCGUCAAAGUCUGGGACCUCAACAUGGAGAACAGGCCAGUGGAGACGUAUCAGGUCCAUGAAUACCUUCGCAGUAAACUGUGCUCCUUGUAUGAAAAUGACUGCAUCUUUGACAAGUUUGAGUGCUGCUGGAAUGGCAGUGACAGUGCCAUCAUGACCGGCUCCUACAACAACUUCUUCCGAAUGUUUGACCGCAACACCAGGCGGGACAUCACACUGGAGGCGUCCCGGGAGAGCAGCAAACCGCGGGCUACGCUGAAACCGCGCAAAGUGUCCACCGGCGGCAAGAGGAAGAAGGACGAGAUCAGCGUGGACAGCCUGGACUUCAACAAGAAGAUCCUCCACACUGCCUGGCACCCCAAAGAUAACGUGAUCGCUGUGGCAGCCACCAACAACUUGUACAUUUUCCAGGACAAAAUCAACUAGAAGAUUUGGGGUCUCCAGAGGGAUAGGGCUUUUACCGUACCUGUGUAGUUAAGCCUACUACUUGUCUAUCUGUAUAAGAAGAAAACAGCCUCGUUGUCCUCCUGGUGAAGAAUUCGAAAGCACGUGUCUACUUUUCUUCUUCUUUUUUUUUUUUUUUCUUUUUCUUUUUUCGCCACAGGAGGUUGAUCCAUAGGCCUGUUUUAUUUUGAGUCUGAGCUUAGGUUGUUCUUGCCUUUUGGCAACGGGGGCAGUCAACACGCCUCCCUCCUCCUCUCCCCUGACCCAGAAAGCCCAAUUCGGGUCGUAUUGACGGAAUGGCUCUCCCUAGAGGUCAAACUCUUGAACGUUGGUGUUUGUGUUGACAUUUUAAGCCUUCAUUUCAUGAUUUCACGACAGAACUAUUGGAAGCCCUUAAAACGACGUCUUGUCAAAGUUGUAACAUCAUCUCAAAGGUUUUGGGCGCUCUGAAGCACGGAUUAAUGGCCAAUAGGCCUAACUGUAACAUUCCCCCAUUGGCCAUGUAUUCAGGCCAAACCGCUGGUGGAAGUGGCCAUGAAUUUUUGGAAAGUGGACUUUCUUUCUUCUCCUCCUCCCCCCUUCUACCCCCCCCAAACCUCCCUCCCUCCCUUCCUCUUACUUUAUCCCCGUCAAUACGGUGACAUAAUUUCACUGACUGUAUCUACUCUAAGUACACCAUGUCAUCCACAUAAUAAAAGAAACUAAAACUACA